GAUAGCUUUUUCCUACCAGUGUUGCCACAUGGAACAACGAAAUGUAAAACUUGUUUAAAAAUUCUAGGAACAGAUUAUGUACAUUUUAGGCAAUCAGAAACCCUUUCUUUUGCACAGUCCAAAUUAUUCGUUAUAUUCACUGACCAAUGAGUGCCACGAACAAAGAAAUCGGAAAAGCGAGCUUGGCAGCACAGCAAAUUAGGCAUAUACAUCAAUAUAAAGGCCUAAUGAUGAUAUUAUCAAGAUGCGACGAUUUCCCAAGGAAGUCCAAAAGCGAGUACUCCCUGAACCGCAUCAACUUCAAGUCCACUGACGUGUUGGAUGCUUCCACGGCGGAUUUCAUGGCCAGCGGGUCGUCUUUGAAUCGCCUACCUGCCGGAGCAGCGUGCAGCUGUCGUUCCACCUCGGAACGCUCGAAACCCGCUGGCUUAAAGCACCAGUCGCCUGCCAGCGACUCGAAAUCAAACCAAACCGUUUCUACCGAGGACAUAGGCACUCAAACCGGCUUCCAAACGGAUCCCAAUGAGGAUUGCAUUUUCGACCAAGAUGCAUCAACCCAACCGAUGCUUGACAUGCAAGAUGCCGAGACACAAUCGAUUCCAGAAUUAUCUAAGAACAGAAGCAGCAUACAAACGCAAACGGAAUAUGAAGAACCAAAUACUGACAGGGUUACAUUGAAAACUCAACAUUCUAAGACUAAGCAUGAAGACGAAAAAGCUACAAAAUCGAAUUCUUCGUUGCGAAAAUGUUUUUUUAAGCGCCCACUAAUCGUAGUAAAAGGAGGUACUCUCAUAUCUUCCGAUUUUACAGCAAACGUCCAUCAAAUUAGAACUGAUAACGCAUUAGUCAGUACUCGAAAAGAAGAUAAGCAGACACAAUACGAAAAUCCUCUUGGGUCACAAUCAAAUAGCUCAAGCGAUGGGCCGUCAGGUCCUUCGACCUGUUCACGAAUCCUCGAUAGAGUACAGGAACUGGAAAUAAUUUUGAAGAGACAGGAGCGUUCUCUUAGGGAUCUGCAAGGCUCUGUGAAAUCAUGGAAGGCACAGGAAUGCAAGCCCACUGAUUGUAGAACCAUAUUUCAGGUUCAGCCGGAGGAACGGGAACUUCCGAGAAAACCUGAAACACGUGACCAGGCAUCCCAGGAGGAACGCAAAUUGCCAAGAAAACCUGAAGCACGUGACCAGGCAUCCCAGGAGGAACGCAAAUGGCCAAGAAACCCCGAAACUUUUGACCAGGCAUCCCAGAAAAAAGAUAUAGUUCGUUGCGAGAAAUUAGAAUUGCCAAGAAAACCGGAAACAUUUGAUCGGGGUGCCCAGAAAACAGAAACCGCUCGUUGCGAAUGCAAUACCCAAUCCAAAGAAUUUAUUCAAAUAUUUAUGAAGCCAGAAACUGUACAAGAGACACAGAAAUCAAAUAAAUAUCCACAUCGCAGUGAAGAAAGUAAUGGAAAUUCCAGAAAGAAUAAUCCAAGGUGUUAUAAGGAGAAUGGAAAUGAAAUAUCUCAGAAAUAUAACCAAAUCUCAAAUGCUAACCAGUGCUUAAAAGAUACUGAAAACAUUCUGCAAAAGUUCAAUCGGGUUUUUGCUAAAACUAAAAGUGAAGAAACAAUUUGUGACAAGUCUAGAAAUGUUUCAGAAACUAAACAAAUUGAAAGACCAACAUCCGCUUGCUGUGCAGAUUCUACGAGACAAAUUGAUAUGGAACAAAGGGUAGAAGACUUACUGGAUGAAUUUGUUGAAUUAGUUAAAAAACCCAAAGCCGAUUCCCUGGGUGCACGAAAAGUUUCUUCCACAUCUUGCUUGGAAGCAAAGUGUUCCAGACAAUCAAAUCCAACUGUAGAGAAGGAAGUAUACAAAUCCUUGAUCGAGCAGCUUAUUAGUCUUUUCACCAAAUCCAAGUCGUGUAAAAAUAAAAAUAAGGUUGAUGCGCAGAAGGCAGAAUCUGAGUCCUUCUCAUUCGAUCGUUUACUGGCGGAAUUUAUCAAUAUGUUUACGAGAUCCAACAGCAUGGAGGAGGACAGACCCAAAAAAGUGACCAUCUCAGAGAAGGAAACCAUUUUGGGCACCAAACCGAUGUCCAGCUGCAAUUGCUCGAAAGCUCAUCGCAAUGUUAAAUCCACUGCAAUGCAAUCGGACCUUAAGAUGUCGGAUAUGGACUUGAAUGUGAACGGGCAUAGGGAGUCCUGUCAACUAGGAAAGUCUACACUAAGUGAAAUUAUAAGGAACAACGAGCGGAGGGAUCCACCGCCACGUAGAUGCCAAUUCUGUGGCGAUGGCAAUCUGCCCAUUCUGGACUCCUUGUUGGACGACCUAUUUUGGCUGAUUGGAUCGAGGGCCUUCGAAGACGUGGUGCUGACCAUACUGCGUCAAGAGGAAAAUGUCUACCACAUCAAGGUGCGUGAGAUGGCUACCGGAAACGAUCUGGGCUGUAUUCUGGGCAAUGGAAAGGCCAUCAACCAAGCGAUCGGCCUUGGAGUAUUCGAGGACAUUCACACGUUCUGUGAGCUGGACAAGCGCAGGGAGCACGAUCCCAGGGACUGCCCGCUGGGCACUAGUCUGGACGCAUUUUGCCCACGGGAGCGCGGCGGUGAGAUUGUACCAGAUGGAUGUGUCGACAAGGAAAGAGUCGUCGAGUUUUGCACUCGUGUGCUGGGUCUCCCUGCUGGACAAGCGGGUCGCUUCUUCUCCCUGACCAACGCCCUCAAAUUGGCCAAGAAGUCAUCAGUAGAUGGCCCGAGUUUGCAUCAUCUUGGCAAAAAUCGAGGGCUAUCUGGAAUAGGAGCAGUCACUGGUAGCUUGGCUUACAUGCAAAGUGAUGUCAGUAAUCACAUUUUUAAUACAAAGGAUUCGAGCGAUGUGGUCAAGACAUCCAGCUUGUUCCUACGCAUAAUUUCAGGCGAGGAUAAUGAAGUUCCAGAAGAUGACGAUUCAUCAUACGUCUUUGAUAACCAUAAUCCAUUUUAGCUUGUGAAAACAAUGAUCAUUUCAAAUUUGUAUACGAACUUUUUAUAGAAUUUUGUUUGAAAAUACAUUUUAAGACUUUAUUAAAUA